AUGAUGACGGGUUUGGAGAAGAGAGAUGCCGCAGCCGCCAAGCAGGAGGAGGAGGAAAUGCUGUUGAUGGAGGGAAUGGCUGUAUUGGAUUUUGAUAUGUUGUGCUCCACGGUUGCCAUGCAGGCCGAAAAGGGGACGUGGGGAAAACUGAAUGAAAGCAACGAAGAUGAGGAAGAAGCCAUUUUGUUUAGGAACAAUGAAAACGGAGGGGGAGUGUUCAGGAUGUGGGAAGGUGAACUUAUCUAUGAUUGCUUCGAUCACCGUCAAAUCGCUCUGCAAUCCACCUGCUGUCCAUGUUAUAGAUUUGGGAGGAACAUGAAACGAGCUGGGUUUGGUUCUUGCUUUCUUCAGGGAUUUUUUUACUCGAUUCUUCUUGUCAUUGCCCUCUCCAACCUGCUAGCGUUUAUUAUCACCAGGCGACAUUUCUUUCUAUAUUUGGCCAUUGCUUUCACUGUGUCAAUCGGAACAUACGUGGGAUUUUACCGCUCGCAGAUUAAGAAAAAGUUCAACAUAAAAAUGGUUUUCAUUUACGCAACAGCUUACAUGUUGCACAGAGAGGUGGGACUAAAUGGGAAACAAACAAAUGAAUAUAUGGGGCUUAAGUGCUUAGUUGAUUUUGGAGGUCUACGGACGAUAGAGGAGAUGGAAUUAGCCUGA